CAAGUGCCCUCCUUGUCAAGUUUGUAAAUAACCUUAUGAAUUUGCUACGAAAAGUAUACUUGGUUUCUAAAAAUGCAAGACUAUCAAAUAAAGAAUAAUCUAAUCACUGCAGAUAGUAUAAAAAACAUGACAGUCAAUAACUACCCUCAAGAUGUAUUUCGCCAGAAGAACUUUAUCAACGGCCUUAAGAAUGCUCGGAACCUCUUGAAAGACCUACAAGAAAGCCUGGAGGAGACUAGGAAAUGCGAGAAUGAACUGAUGCGAUGCAGGAGUACGCAUGUCCACGAACACAAAGACCACAUAAUAAAUGAGUGGUUGAGCGAUCAUGAACACGAGGAAACCCACAAGACAUGGCAAUCAUCAGGCUCUGAAACGCAAGACCAUGGAGCCAUAGAAUCGUGGUCGACCAUGAGCAUUGUCUGUCUACAAUAUCAAUACGAAGAACUAGCAAAGCGUUACAAAUCCCUGCUCUGCCAAUAUUCGUCUUGCUGCGAGGCCGCCGAUGCUAAGAACACGGAGGUAGCACGACUGCAGACGCUUGCCAACUCCACUCAUGCGCAACUCAUGGACGCUCAUACGAUGCUAUUAGCUGUUGGGGAGAAAUACAUGUCGCUGAGGGAAAGGAAGCUUGCCAUGAAACACGCAUACUCCAUAAAAGUACAUCAACUGAAGAGAACAGUGAAGGGGUUGAUAGCAGCAGCUGACCGAGCGAGACGCGAACUCGACUCAAGUCUGAAGAAAGCGAUGAGGACUGAACGGCAUGGAGCAGCUGCCAUGUUGCUUAUUGAGAUUCAAAAAUGCAACAAUCUAAGCUUAGAAAAUCUUCGCUUAAAAGCUCAAGCUCAAGAACUAAUACCACGAAAGGAUACUUUUUAUUAGAAUUUUAUUUAGUAGGCAUCUAUUAUUUAUAAUACGGAUAUAUUUAUUUUUUAAGAAUUAAACAAGGUUUGUUAUC